CGCUUUACUUAUUCGAACUCUAUUGACAGCAGUUGACGUUCGAACUUGGUUGUGUGUAGAAUUUUACAUAGAAUAACAUUUUAUAUAUUUGAUUUAAUUAUUUUAUCAUGAACAUUUCUCGAUUGGAACCUUGCAUUCGACAUCCUCUUUCGGAGAAGGAACUAAGAGAAACCGUAGAUAAAGCAAAAGAUUGGGCACUUAUGCACGGGAUAAGCAUGAAAUCCAAGAAGAAUUUUAACAAAGACGAAGUGCAUAUAUUACCUUUUGCGCUGUUGCCAACAAGUUUUCCUAAAAAGAGCUUUCAAACUGCAAAAAAUGUACAAACUUUAUUGAACGAACUUAUUCAUAAGGUUGCUUAUGAUAAGGAAUUCAUUACAACUAGUUUAAAAAGCACGAUCAAAGCUGAUCCAUUUACAGCAGAAUUAUUUCGUAUAUAUGAGGCUGUAUACCAGGAAGGUUUCAGUCAGAAUGUAAGUCUCGGAUUAUUAAGGUCAGAUUAUUUGUUACAUGGAGACUCAGGUGGUAAAAUAAAGCAGGUUGAAGUAAAUACGAUAGCAUCUAGCUUUGCUGGUAUAGCUAGGAUUACAUCACAAUACCACAAGUACAUAUUAGCAGAACUAGGAUAUGCAGAAAAAGCAAAAAAUAUUCCAGAAAACAAUAGUCUUACUGGAUUUUGCAAUGGUUUAGUAGAAGCAUGGAAAAUAUACAAUAAUAAAGAGGCUAUUAUAUUGUUUAUUGUCGAGGAUGUAACUUAUAAUAUAUGCGACCAGAGGUUUCAUGAAUUUGAAAUUCGUCGAUUAAAUCCGGAUAUCAAGAUUAUUAGGAGAAGUCUAACGAGCUUAGUAUCUGAACAUACUAUAAAACUAGGAUCAAACAAGGAACUGAUUGUGGAAAAUAUGAUAGUGGCUGUAGUUUAUUAUCGCUCUGGUUACCAACUUGAGGCGUAUCCUACAGUUCAGGAAUGGGAUACAAGAUUAUUAAUAGAGCGUUCACGAGCAAUAAAAUGUCCGUCAAUACAGUAUCACUUAGCAGGUACUAAAAAAGUACAACAAUCCUUAGCUCAACCAAGUGUAUUGAAAAAAUUUCUAAAAGAUAAAGAGUCUAUUAGCAGAGUGCAAGAAGUAUUUGCUGGCUUAUACACACUAGACUUUAAUGAUGAUGGAGAAAAAGCAGUGACAAUGGCUAUAAAUGAGCCAAGUAAGUUUGUUCUCAAACCGCAAAGAGAAGGAGGAGGAAACAAUAUAUACAAUGACGACAUAAAAACAUGUCUGAAUUCUAUGAAGAAUAAAAAAGAAAGAACUGCAUGGAUUCUCAUGGAUCGCAUUUAUCCACCUUUACAGUCAAACUAUCUGAUACGUGCUGCUCAGGAACCGAUAUCAGAAGGUAACGUCAGUUUAUCGGAUGUUGUGGCGGAACUUGGUAUAUAUGGAGUGAUAGUGGGAGAUAGCAAACAGAUAAUACUAAAUGAAGAAGUUGGCCAUAUUUUAAGGACUAAAUCAUCAACCGAAAAUGAAGGUGGAAUAGUGGCGGGUGUUGGUGCGCUUGAUAGUCCUUAUCUUAUUAGUUAAAACAACAAUACCAAUGACGAUAGCGUAAAUUGCAAUGAGAUUUAUGAAUGCGCUAGCCAUCUCGUCGUGUAUUUUAUCACUAAUACAGAAACUCAGGUCCAGACAUUUAAUUACAUUUUUCAAGAAAUUCCAAAGGUCAGAUCCAUUUAUUUUUCCCUUGGCCUCUUAUAUUAGACAGUCUAAUAACGUCGCAUUGAUUUUUUUCUGUUAAAACUAUAUAAGUACUUUUAAUAAUAUUGUAAUAAUUUCCUUCUUUCACUUUAUAUAUAUAAAUGCAACAUUUUAAUAUUAUAUACCACAUAAUUAAAUUAUAAACUGGACUGUCAUGAUGAUUUUAUAUAUAUAUGUAUAUAUAUAUGCACACAAAAAAUUUUUUUAAAUAGAAAUUAUAAUUAUUGUUUAAAUUGUUGAUUAUCUUGUUACGUAAAAUAAGAGUUUAUAAUAUAUGUGGAAAUAUAUACAUUAUGUUAACUUAAAGGAUAUGUGUAUACAUGCACAGAAUUUAUUUUUAAUCUCUUCAUUAGAUUAAUUUUUAAUCUCUUAACAUAAUCUAGAGCACAAUGGAAUUGCCUUAUUAUACUUAAACAUGUAUGUAGCUAUUUUAAAAUAGAAUAUAUACAAAAAUAAUCGAGUGUAAAUAUAUUUGGAUAAUAUUUGGGUGUAACCAUGUUUUUCUUCCCGAUUAUGUACUCAAAGCAACGUAGCGAUAUUUAAAAUGAUAACCGUCUAAAUUGAAAAAAUAUAAACAUGUUGAAAUGUAUUUAAUAUUUUAGUUUAUAUUAGUGCCUGUUUGAAAAAGAUGUAAUUUGUAAACAUAUUGUUCAAUAUCACAUAUUGUAUCAUAAUUGCAUUUCUAACAUACAGCAAAGAUGUAUUAUUUAUACAAUAUGCGUGCGAAUGUUGUAUUAAUAUAUUAUAUGUACAUUGUAUUUGACCUAUUUACAUUAAUUGCUAUAAUGCCACGAAUUUACACAUUCUUUAAAACAUUCAUGUAAAGAUUCUUGCUGGAAUUUCAAUCUUAAUAUUAAACCUCGAUGUUUUCCAUUA